AUCACGAUUGUUUUGGUUUGGGGAGAAGCAGCAAGCUGCAUUUGCCCAACUGAAGAUCGCCCUCACGUCAUCGCCUGUCCUUCGCAUCUCCGAGCCUGACCGUCCAUACGAAGUCAUCACCGACGCUAGUGAAAACCUCAUCGGCGCAGUUCUUCUAAACCCUGAUUUUGGCGACGGGUUACAGCCAGUUGCCUACGUAUCACGGAAGCUGAAGGGCUUAGAGAAGAAUUAUACAGUACACGACAAGGAAAUAUUGGCGAUCGUCCAUGCGUUCAAGACCUGGCGGUGCUACCUGACAGGCGCUGACGUCACCGUGCGAACCGACCACAAGUCCCUCGAGUUCCAGCGCGCCCAGCUGAAUCUCAACCCACGACAAAUCCGAUGGCUCGAUCUCCUCAAGUCAAAUUUCCACUACACUAUCUUCUACAAAUGGGGCGCCAACAACAUUGCUGAUGCCCUGACCCGACCCACUGCCCAUACAGGCAUUUAGGAGCCGACAAAACCAUGAAGAUGUUGCA